UAGAAGAUGAUACUAUUUUAAAUAUAUAUAAUAUGAUAUAGAAUUGGAAUUGCAUCUAGUUUACCUGUUUAAUAUGCAGAGAAUGAAUGGUCUAUUAUUAGCACAUGCUUACUGUUUGUAAUUAAAAGUCAAAAUUUAAACCAUUACAUUUUCUACAUAUAUUUAGAGAAAUGUCUUAAAAUGAUAUUUUAAAUAAAUACUGUAGUAGCUUUACCUGUUAUACCAUGGAUGGAAGUACGAUAAAAGAGCGCCUGCGUGCGCGGCGUCGAGCUAUGAACCUCACGGCAGCUUCCGAGGCCUCUUCGGACACACUGGGCCCAACGAGCCCAGUAAGCCCAAUGGACACCGUUGGCCCCUUGGACACAGUGGACACGAUUGACCCGUUAGAUGACACGGGAUCCGACGAUGGGUCUGCGUUGAAAUCCAUCCUUGAGUCGCGUCGAGAAGCCUCGAGGAGAAAACUUGCAACACAGGAACAAGUGGUUGCUAUGGAGAUGGAAGAACUUGAUAAGACACUUGAAGAGCUUCCUGAAUCCCCUCCUACCACAGCUCCCACCCCUUCACAUGGUGGACAAGAUACAGCAAGCAGCCCUCGUACAGACAGUAGAAGCGGGACUCCUCAUGGCAGAAGUACCCCAAGUCUACAUUCAACAUUAAGAAGUCGAUUGCAAGCCAAGAUGUUGAAGAAGGGAGGGGGAACUACGGAUGAAAGGAGGCCUAGGUCAAGGAGGUUGAAAGAUAGAAUGAAUCUAUCUACAAGGUUUGACGAGACAAUCAAACAAUACUCAACACUAGAGGAAGCUCAAUUGUUGGAAAAAAUUGAAUCUAAAUUAUCGUGGAAGAAAGCUGUGCAAAAAACUCGAGAGAAGACUGGUGAAGCUUCCGAGGUCGAUAGUUAUGAUUUCUUUACUAAGCAAUAUGAGGAUGUGCUUGAUGUGGAGGAAGAAACUGAGGGAGUGAAAGAUGAAGGUGGAGGUGGUGUUGGGGAGGGUAGGCAAGUGGAAGGAACAGCCGAAGUAGAAGUUACAGAACAAAGUGGGGAGGUUGUGCAGGAAAGUGCAACAGCUAGUGAGGGAGGGCAGGAUAGUGGUGGAACAGCUGGUGAAACUCCCCAACCUGAUACUGAAGUUAUUGUUGAAAGUGAAAAUACCAAGCUACUGGUCAGUGAUAUCGUGCCCAAGGAACUUGAUUGGAAGUUGUAUCUCAUGCACUCUGCCGAGUACAAUGGGUAUAACCAGCAAGUGGAGAAGGAAAAGGUGAAUUAUUUCAUCCCCAGUUCUCUACCACCGGAGGCAGCAAGCAAGGUGGAGGAAGAUGCUCAACCAAGGUACUUGGAAGAUGAAGGUUUCUAUGUUGGUGAGAAACCCAUAGUGUUGCAACAAAACACCAACAUACUCGAGAACCGCCUUAUCAAGCAUGGGGGGCGGGGUUGGUUCGGUUCGGACGGGCAGGUUGAUUCCUUGCCCAACCCGGUGGCUGAGAUGGCAACCAAACCAUGGGUUGAUUCCCUUGAUGAGUUAGAUCCAUGUGUGGAGACUGUGUAUGUGAAGGCACAACCUAGGGCAGUAGAAGAUAAAUAUCUACAGGUUUCUGACGAGAACGAGCUUCAAAUAGACAUCGGUUCAAUCAACUUUAUCCAUCAUUCCUUGAUGAGCAGGGAGCAUGUGUUAGCUUCCAACAUUACAAUGAUGUAUGAUGAGUAUAGAAUGAUCAGGCAUAAGAACUACAUCACAUUCUAUACGGACAAACUAGCUGCACUGAGGAAUGCAGUGGAGACAUUGAAGGAAACACUGGGUGUAGAUCCCACGGCGUUACAGAAGUCACGCAUCAAUGAUUUCACGGCCGAGAUCCGCAGAACGACUCAGCAGUUAUCAACAGCCGAGUCAUCAGAGCGUGACAUGAUGCGGCAAAUUAUAAACGAAUGGGAAGCCAUUAAAAGUUUGAGGGAGGAGCAGGGAUAUAAUAAUACAAGUGUGAGGCUGGUGGUUAAGAAGGAAGAGGUAAACUACCAACAUGACCUCAACAACUGGGAGACAGAAGUUGCUCACCAAGUUGAUGAGAGAAGGGCUGAGUAUGAUGUCAUAAUACUAUCUGCUCAUCAGGAGGAAAUGAGGAAAUACCAAGUUCAACUACAGGAAUGGAAACAGAACCGUUUAAAAAUGAAGCGAAUACGAAAGCGAAUGCAGAGAGGUUCCAAGGAGAAUCUACUUGAUCCGAGUUCAGAGGUUGAAGACGACGACAUAAAUAUUGGGGGAAACAUUGAUAAACCCCAGAAACCCGAUAAACCACCUCCGUUUGAUGAUGUCACAGUCAAGAAUGAGGUCAUGAAUGACUUGAUUGUUAACAGAAGAAACCCAGGUGAGGCCCGUAUCUCCCUAGAGCUCACCCACACUACCACCAUCACCCCAACACCCAGCGUACCCCCCUCCGAAGCCAACCGGCGUCGUGCGAUGCAGAAAACGUCAUCCAACCUCCGUGUAUUGUUCAACGGAAGAGAGGUCUUCCAAACCGAACCCAAAAUCUUAUCAUCGGACUUUAAAUUAAACUUUGGUUCCAUAUUUCGAGUGAGAAUCGCACAGUGGCCGGAGAGUCUUAAGGUUGAGUUAUUAACCUCCGGGUUGGUUAGCAAGUCCAUUACAUCCACAUUCUACCUCGACAUUCCCCCUACCACCGUGCAUUCGGGUAAUGUAAGGUUGGGGGUUAGUGGGUUCACAUCCAACAAGGUGGAAUCACACACCCAUGAGGGGGUGGGUAGUGGUACACCGUUCACGCUACGAACAAAUGAAACAAACCCUACGUCACUCAACACAAAGGGACAACUGAUAAGCAGUGUAUCGUGGAGUUUAGACGCAAAUGGACGGGUACUCGCCCCUAAGGGGUUAGUGGAGCGCGAAGACCCAAUUUCGGGGGCUAACCCCUUAAAAAGUAACGACCCCGUGAUAGCUAUUGGGGCUGAGAGGUUACAGGACCCAGAGUCGUUAACUAAAUGGGUCCAGGAGUCCCGUCUUGACCCAAAUGAUCCCGAAAACGCAGCGUUGGUCCCGUUUAUGCAAGGGAACAAAGAUGGCGACGUGUUUCUUACACAGGACUACUUUAGAUUGGAACAACUUCAGGAAGAGUUCAAUUUCAUCACAGAGGAAGAAUUCUCGCGCUUGAAUCGAUUCCGGUUGCUACGGUUACGGCACGAGGAAAUCCCGGAGUUUCGUAAUAUUUCUAUGUUGCCAUGCAACGAGCAUGAGGUCACAGAGUCUGCGUUUACGGCGUACGAGAGAAGGUUAAAGGAGAAAGAUGUGGUUAAGAUGGAGCGUGGGGUGGAUGGGGGGACUCUUAGUCCACACCGCAUCGAGGUUUUAAAGUUCCGUCAGAAUGUUAAAGACGCCGUGUUACAUAGAUUCUAUACAUCAAGACAUCACUAUAGUUUGCAGGACAUGGUACACGAAGAACAAGUUCCGGACAUUGGGACACUUGGUGCCAGUAUUGUGAAGAUCGCUGAACCACGACGACCACUCAAGCCUGUCCGUAAAACUCGUAAAAAAGCGAUGUCGCAAAACCUUACAGAAGGUUCGGUUCGGAUCCUCGUUAAUGUGGUGCGGGGUUAUAACAUCCCUACACGACAAGCGUCACAUUCCCACCAACCGGAUAGAAGGGGCGAGGUUCAAGUUGGGGGGGCUAUGGCAGCAUCGUCAUUAAGAGUCGGCCAACACCUUGACCCGUCAUCCAAGUCGUACCUCGUGGCUCCGUUUGUCGCGGCUUCGUUCCAAGAUGCCACGGUCACGACAAGUGUCGCACAAGGUCCGAGCCCAAGUUGGAAUGAAGAGUUACAACUCCCGUUUUGCGCACCGAACAGCGAUUAUAACGCAAGUAACUUGCAGAAGGUGGACGAUGUUUUAUUCAUCCAUUUAUUUGACAGAGUAACGGAAGACGCCACCCCCACAAACACGGAGGACACGGCCACCAUUAUAACACGUGUACAAAACCACUGGCUUGGUUCAUAUGAACUACCAUUCUCCACUAUAUACCAACGUGGAAAGAUUGAUGGGACGUUUAAAAUUAAAGUUCCACCAGUGUUGCUGGGGUAUAACUUGGAGAGGGAGCUCCCUCCCAAUGCCGACAUGCACGAGCGUAUCGAAUCACAAUUCCUUCAACAAAGUUCGGGAACUUACCUCACUAUAUUCGUUACAUUGGAACCUGUGCUGAAGCCUAUGGACCCUCCCAAGUUGAAGUUUGAGAGCCAAGAAGAUGUCUCACUUCUGCGGAGAUGUGUUACGUACCUCGCUGAUUGUAAUAAAAGAUAUCCAAAUAGAAAUGUUAAAACUACGGUCAUAGAUAUCAAAGGGGAGUCCGUAUUAAUAACAAGAUUCGUUCGACCCCUCCCCCCACCCCCCGAACUAACAGAAGCUACCAACACAAACACCAUUAUUACAUUGGAGAAGAUCGCGCGAUUUGUAUCGUUGAUCCCGUUUGUGUCAGAUAAUGUUACGUACGCGGGGAUAUGUGAUUUGUGGAGUACAUGUGAUCAGUUCAUGCAGAUGUUAUGCGGCGAUGAGGAAGAACAUGCGAUCCUCCUGCUCAACUACUUCCUACACCUUGGUAAACAAGCUUACUUGUUAUUAGGUACAGCUGUGCCUGAGGGGAAUACUGCGUAUGUAUUGACUGUGGACCAUAAUGCCAGGGAGUACAUAAUAUGGAACGCCAGUACAGGCGAAUACCAUGACAAAAGUGACCCACACUCCCCCUUGCAAAGUGUUGGCGCGUUGAUCAAUGAUACAAAUAUCUGGUUUAAUGUUCAAACACAAGAUACUCCAAUGAGGGUUCGUUAUAAUGUAACGAGGAUGUCUGAUUGGAAGGCCUUCUUCCCGAUCACGGCGACGCCCCUUCCUUCCAUCCAACCAGAAUCGUUGUACUACCCACCAACCGACCAAUCAUAUGUCGCCAACCUUAUCGAUGCUGUGGAACGGACUUUGAAGGACCGCAUCGUAUCCUGGCGUCCCCGUCACAUCACCCGAUGGAAUCGAUCGGGAAAUUCCAUCCUGCGGCAAAUUGUGAAGGGGUUGGAAGAGAGGGUUAGCAGGAAGACUGGAGUGGUGAACACAGGACACAAUGAACAACUGUUAUCGCAACUCGGAGACGUUCGUUUCACAGGUUACCCCAUGGAUCAACCCUACACUGGUGUCGAGGCCGUUGUUUCAGCUGUUAGGAGCACGGAGGUGCAUAAAAUACAAGACCCUGAUGUUGAAUUUUCAAUGGCUGUUCAUAUACAUGCGUAUCCUGCGUCUGUGUUGGCUGUGUGGGUGUAUGUGGCUGCUAUAGUGAAUAGGAGGAGACAUGAUCUAUAGUUUGUGGGGUAAUGUCUAAAUCAGUGGUUAUUAAUGGUGCUGCAAAUUCAAAUAUUUGAAUUUGAAUAUCGGUUUAUAUUUAUGUAGAGUAAAUUUUUUUUCAUAUUUUUUAUGAAACUUUUUUCUAGAUGAUUUGUGCAUUGAAAGCUGAGUAACUUCUAUAUUUUGCUAUGUUUUACAUUUUAUAUUAGUUUAUAUAUUUAUUUUAAUAAAACAACAAAUAAAUUAUGAAAGAUGCAUUUUUGCGUGGUUUAAAUUUUGGUAUUAUCGGCGACUUUGUGCCAUUUCCAAUCGAAUUAAUUUGUCCCCUGGUAGAAUUGAAAUUUUCUUCGAUUUCUAUGUUAUAAUUUCCCUUUUUCUCGCGGUAUAUAAACGGAGGAAAGUUGGUGAAGCGAAACAAACGAUGACGAAGCAGUAAGACGACGGUUAGCGUGUGUAAGUUUGAUUAGAAGUUCGUGUAUUUGCUAUUUUGUUUAAUUCAGAAAAAAA